CAAAACAUUUAUGAAUAGAAAAUAAUAAGCUCCUGUAGCCUAAAAACCCGUUAGUAAAUAGCAAUAAGUUGUUCGAAAAUAAUAAGACAGGUAAAUAAUUAAGAAAUUGAUUUUUAGACCAGGUUUGACUGAAGAUGAAAUUGAAGAGAUAAAGGAAGCUUUCAAUUUAUUUGAUACAGAAGGUACAGGCAAAGUAGACCCAAGAGAAUUAAAGGCAGCAAUGUAAAGUUUAGGAUUUGAUUAAAAAAAUCCAACUAUUUUCAAUAUGAUUGCAGAAUUGGAGAAUGAAGGGAAUGAAAUUGAUUUUGAUUAGUUCUUAGAUGGCAUUACUUCUAAAUUAGGUAAUAGAGAAACAAGAGAAGGAAUCAACAAAAUUUUUGAUUUAUUUGAUGAUGAUGGUAGUAAUGCUAUUAAUUUAAAUAACCUAAAACGAGUAUUUUUUACUAAUAGCCUUUAGGUAGCCAAAGAAUUGGGGGAAACAAUGACUGCUGAAGAACUAGCGGAAAUGUUAGAAAGGGCAGCUUCUAAUGGUCGAGAAAUUUCAAGAGAAGACUUUUACAACAUUAUGGUUAAAAGGACAUUCUGAUAAUAAAUAAUUCAUUUUAACAGCU